GGUGGAGCACAACAAGCUAUUCAAAUAUUUUCAUAACAAUUACAAACCAGCCAUUAAAGUUUGGUUUGUACAACCAAUUAGCAGAGCUGGUGACUUAAUACAACGCAAUUUAGAAUUAAGAAUGUUACAACAACAAAUACUAUAAAAAAUGAGCCAAUAUUUUAUAGAAUCCAAAAGUAAGCAGCCCAUAUUUUUUAAUUUUAAUCGAAUUUUGCAAAACCAAGAAAGUGGUAUAGAUUUUGAUUUGUUCAUAAGAGAGUUUCAAGAAAAUUUUGAAUUAGAACAGCUAGAAAAUUGGAUCAAAUUUUGGAGUAAAGAAGGUGAAGAGCAAGUACUUCAGACAUGGAAUGAGAAAUACAAAGAUUAUCUAAAAACAGAAAAGGAACCCGAAGUGCGAGGAGAAACCGUUAGCCUUAAAGAGGCGAAUAAGGAAUAUGAAAAAGAAACUGAACAUUUAGAAACACCUCGAACUGAUUCAGAUAUAUUACCAGAAAAGUCUUGGGAUGAUUUGUGGCAUGAACACAGAGAAGAAAUAUACUGUGAACAGUAUUUAAUAUUUACCACAAUAUUUUACAAUUAUUUUUUGGACUUGAAAAAAUCCAUUGAAACUCCUCAAGCUAUUACAGAAGAGGACACAGAAGAAGAAGACGAAGCUAUUGCAAAACUAACGGAAGAAUUAGAACAAUUAGAAAAUUUAGGUUUACCCAUAUCAUUUGGUGGCAGGCCACAAAAUUCUAGCAACAAACAUAAAUCCUCUAGCAAAACUAUACACUAUAGUGAUUUUUUCUCAGAUUCCGAAAUGGAGAAUGAAUCCAGUGACAGUGACAUUGAAGAUUGUGAUAAAGACUUGUCACCUAUCAGCACAAAAGAAGAUGAGGACUCUUUGCACAGUGUACAACAGAAAUCCAUAAGCAAAAUACAGAAGAGAAAAAGAAAUCGUAAACUAAAAAAUGUGCCCGCUUUUAUAUUGGAAGAAAAGGGUCUCUUAAAAUACUGGCGCAAACGUUUUAGUCUCUUUUCACGCUUUGAUGAGGGCAUACGGCUGGAUCGUGAAAGUUGGUUUUCUGUAACCCCUGAAAAGGUAGCCAAACAUUUAGCCGAACGUCUUAAGUGCAGUAUAAUUGUCGACGGCUUUUGUGGCAGUGGUGGUAAUGUCAUACAAUUUGCCUUAACCUGCGAUAAGGUCAUAGCCAUUGAUAUUGACCCCGUUAAAUUGGAAAUGGCUAAACAUAAUGCAAAUAUUUACAAAGUUUCCCACAAAAUCGAGUUUAUUUUGGGUGAUUUUCUGCAGCUGGCUGCCGCUGGUAAACUUAAAGCUGAUACAGUGUUUUUAAGUCCUCCCUGGGGUGGUCCAAAAUACAAGAAUAAAAAAGAAUUUGAUAUUGACAAAUAUUUAUUGCCUGUCAGUGCUACAGAAUUGGUCAGUGCAUCCAGAAAUGUUUCCGAUAAUAUUGCAUUAUUUCUACCGCGCAAUUCGAGUGUUAAACAAAUUGUUAAACUUGCUGGCAUUGGUAAGCGUUGCGAAAUUGAACAUAAUUAUUUGGAUUCACGUUUGGUGGCCAUUACCGCUUUGUAUGGUGAUGAAAUAUUAACCAAGACGACAACAACUUAAGUGCAUUAUAGACAAAUUUUAGUUUUUUUCCAAAUCUACUAACUUAGUGUAUAGUAAAUCAUUUUAUAAGAUAUUACAAAUAGACAACAUAUUGAUAGACAUAAGAAAACUAAUAAAUAAUACCUUUACGGUAAAUCAAAGAGUGA